ACUCGACAGCGCGAAGAGUCGGCGGCGGCGGCGGCGGAGGACGCGGCUCCCGCUCCCUCCAUGUGCGGCCCGGCCUCCCUGGCUGCCGGCCUCAGCCCAGGCCCCGGCCUAGGCCCAGGCCACUGCCUUCAUGGAGGCCGCUGAUCGCACCCAAGGCGACUGAACCCGGCGAGCGCGGCGCACCGAGCCACCAAGGCCAGGAGAAUGUCAAUUGCUGUGAGAAGAUGAACCAGCGCCGCUUCUUGUUUGUAUGUCUGAUUAUCUCCGUGUUAUACUGGUGCCCCCAUUGGCAUGUAGGUUGUACUGGGCAACAGGAACCAACAUCCACGCAAACACAUAUUGCACAAAAUGAGCACUUUGAAGAAAAGCCCAAACAGGAUGUGUCUGAUGAGUCUGCAGAUGUGAAGCAUUCGCAUAUUAGCCGCCAGCUAGAUCCCCUCCUAGAACAGUACACGCAUGCAAACCAACAGCAUGUGAAAUCUGAACAGUCUGCCUUUCCUCACCCUGGACUCGAGCCUUCUGUAGAACUAGUGGAACCACCUGCUAGCGUAGCUGCUAGUAUUGAUGACAUUUCCAGUCUGACUACCUCGGAGAACACAUCCUUUCAACACAGUGUAACAGAAAAUUCCAGUGAUGAUACUCCUGAAAUAAGCUAUGAACAAUCGAAAGCUGACUGUGACGCUGGAGGGGAAAGUGAGGCCAUUCCUCAAAGCAAGCCAUCCUCCUAUCUCAGUCUGCUUGAGAGUCCUCAGGAAAAACCUAAUGAUGAGGAAUCUUCUUCAAAUGGCAAGGAAAACGUGCCCAUUUCUAGUUCCGAACCUGAGCUUACUGAGAUUCCAAAGACUGUUUUGCCUGAAGCUGACCAAGAGAAGCCAGCAGUAGAUCAAAAAUCCAACACAACACAGGCCUUGCAGAUGGAAGAGUUGGCAGAGGACGCUGAAGUUCCAAGAGAACCUCCGAUUCCAUCUAAAGAUUCGGGAGACAUUCCCUCGUUUGAUGAAUGGAAGAAGAAAGUCAUGGAAGAAGAGAAGGAGAAAAGCCAGUCAUUACAUACUUCCAGUGGUGGGCUUCAUUCUUCAAAAAAACUACAGAAAAACUUCAAUAACUAUGCAUCUGUGGAGUGUGGAGCAAAAAUUCUCGCUGCUAAUCCAGAAGCAAAGAGCAAUUCAGCAAUUCUAAUGGAAAAUAUGGACUUGUACAUGUUAAAUCCAUGCAGCGCCAAAAUUUGGUUUGUAAUUGAGUUGUGUGAACCUAUUCAAGUCAGACAGCUUGAUGUCGCAAACUUUGAAUUAUUUUCAUCUACGCCAAAGGACUUUCUAGUUUCCAUCAGCGAUAGAUAUCCCACCAAUAAAUGGGUUAAACUCGGCACAUUCCAUGCUCUGGAUGAGAGAACAGUACAGAGCUUUCCUUUAGAUGAGCAAAUGUAUGCCAAGUAUGUCAAGAUGUUCAUCAAAUACAUAAAGGUGGAACUGGUAUCACACUUUGGAUCAGAACACUUUUGUCCCCUUAGCCUUAUAAGGGUGUUUGGUACCAGCAUGGUGGAGGAAUAUGAAGAAAUUGCUGAAUCUCAGUACAAUACCGAGCGCCUGGAAUAUCUUGAUGAAGAUUAUGAUUAUCCGCUGGAUUAUGGUAGCCGAGAAGAAAAAUCAUCAAAAAAUCUACUGGGCUCAGCCACAAAUGCUAUUUUGAACAUGGUCAACAUAGCGGCCAAUAUGCUUGGUGCCAAGAAGGGAGAAGAGGAAAUGUCUCGAACAGAAGUUAAUGGAAGUAUGACACCCGAGAAUGAAACUACAAAAUCGAACAGUUCUGUUCCUGAGCUAAGUCCUAGCCCAACCUCUUUAAUGCCCGAGGUGGAUUUGGUGGUUACUUCUGUUAUUGAGGAAGAGCCAGAGCCAGAGCCUUCGGACUCGAGUAGUCAAACGGAAAUGUUAAUCGUGCAGCUGGUACAUGAGGAUGAUGAGGAAUUAGUGAACCGAAUGUCUACUGUCAUUCUUCUAAAACCUGAAGAUGACUAUGAUAUUGGAGCCAGUUGGUAUGAAGCAGAAACUCUGAUAUACUGCAGCGAGCUGCCUCGGAUUUCUUGCAUUGCAAGCUUUGCGGAGUAUGUUUCUAAAUGGUGUUCCAUUAAUGCCGCCCUGCAGCGGCAAUGCAGCGUAACACACACUGAUGAGCAAAAAGUUGAACUGGUUCCCAACAUUGACCCGGUUCCAACUGGGCAGCAGGAAACCCUUCUUGUAAAUGUAACUAACGAGACGAAAGAGGAUGAACCGACGGAAAGUGUGCCGACUGAAAAAGUGUCUAAAGUUUCCAGUGAAAGUCAGCCCAGCACUCAUUCAUCCGAGAACUUGGUUAAUCUGACGGACUCUGUGGAGUUGGAGCCCAGUCAUCCUCCCCUCGCUUCCCAUUCUCCUGAAGUCAGCACAUUUGAUACCAAGUAUGAUGUGCAAUGUACUGCCGUUCUUCAGAGUUCUGAUGAUGCCGCUGACAAAAUGGCCGACCAGGCCCAGUUGCACCCAGAGCUCACUGUACUCAUUCUGGAUCAAAGUACAGAAACUAAACUGGAGACCGUACAAAAGCAAGCAGCUGAAGAGUCUGAGGAAACUUCACUUGUGUUAGAAACCGAAGCUGCUAAUGGCCCAGACUUGAGUAUUUCAGUCAAUGGGUCCAUAAAUGAAAAUGGAGGUGUUAUUCCGGUGUCAAUAAUUCCUACAGAACCCUUGCAAGCAACUGGUAGUGUGGAUGAAUAUCCGGUGACUGAAAUUCAGAAUGAAACUACUGGAGCAAAAGAGACUGUGGCGGACGUGGAAGAACCUUUGUUACCUUCGGGUUCAGAUGUACCUGCCUCCUCCGUAACCGAGAUGAAAGAUGAAUAUCAGGCUGCAGAGGAAAUCCUCCUGUCUGUCCCAUCCUCGAAUGGAUUGAAUCGAUCAGUUACCGAUUUCUAUGCAGAGCCGCACAAUGUAACUGACCUGGGAUACACUAAUGGGAAUCAAGUACAUGGAUCCAACCAAAAGGAAUCUGUGUUUAUGCGCCUCAACAACCGUAUUAAGGCGUUAGAAAUGAAUAUGUCCCUGAGUAGUCGGUAUCUUGAAGAACUGAGCCAACGGUAUCGCAAACAAAUGGAGGAAAUGCAGAAAGCGUUUAACAAGACCAUAAUUAAACUACAGAACACUUCCAGGAUAGCAGAGGAAAAGGACCAGCGACAAACUGAAACAAUUGGUUUACUCCAGGGGCAGCUUGCAAAUCUCACUGAGCUGGUGGGAAAUCUAACACAAAUGGUGGAAAGACUGGACCAUGAGGUUUCUGACCGCCAGAGUUACCUGGUAAUCUCUUUGGCUCUCUGUGUGAUUCUGGCUGCGCUGCUGUGUGCACAGAGAUGCUGGAACAAUGCAACAUACCGGGAUGUUCACUCGCCCACCGUUCCUAAAAGCAUUCACUACCCCAGCCCCAAAAGGUGUUUUUCUUCCUAUGAUGAUAUGAAUCUCCUCAGAAGAACAUCAUUUCCUCUUGUUCGUUCCAAAUCUUUUCAUCUGCCCACAACUGAAGUGGGACCAGAUGACUUGUACAUUGUAGAACCACUAACAUUUUUACAAGACAAUAAGAAGAAAAAGCGAUGCCGAAUAAAGAUUGAGAAGGUUGAAACCGUGAAACCAACAGAGUCUGUAAUCCCAAUGGUUAAUGGAGGAGUAAAAUCUUGCAAAGCUCCUUCAGAGCCAAGUGAUUUUUCGAACACUGUCUACAGUUCUUCGCUCAAAGGUCCCCCGUCUGAAGGGGGCUCAGAGACCUCGUCACAGUCGGAGGAGUCCUAUUUUUGUGGCAUCGCAGCAUGCACAAACCUCUGCAACGGACAAACGCAGAAGCCUAAAACUGAAAAGCGAUCUUUGAAAAAGAAAAAAUCAAAGGUGACCGAUCAAGGGAAGUUCAUCAGUAACUUGAUACAGACUAAAUCAGGAUCAAUGCCAAGUUUGCAGGACAUAAUAAAAGGAAACAAGGAUAUCACAGUUGGGGCAUUUGGUGUCACCACAGUUUCGGGCCACGUGUGAUUGUGAUUUAUGGACUUUGAAUGGGGGGCCGCCUCUGUUUUUUCGUGUUUAUGGUUUACAAGGCACUUUUGGCCUUGCAAUACCGAAAACUUCAAAAUAAUAAUCUGCUGGUGUGCGAGUCUGCCUUCAGGGUCUGUUUGAAGCAGGAGGAGCUUUAUACUUGACUUCCAUGGGGAGCAACAUUCUACAAGCCAUCUCCACGUGAAUUUUGAAGAAGGUAUACAAGUCGUGCAAGAGGAAUCUCCCAGGAGGAUAUGCGGUGCAAUUAGUUGGAUUAAGAAUCUGUUUCAUUGGGUACAGAUGGAAUGAAUGCACAAUUUCUGCAUUUAGCUGUAUUCCUCCAACUUGCACCUUUUUCCAUAUUUGUGCCUUUUGUAUAUUUAUAAUGUAGCUGAAAAUGGAGUGGUUCUGUCUCCAAUUUACCUUGUGUUCAUCUCUUUUCCUUUCGAUCGUAUGUGGGUUUGAUACUGUAACACUAGAGUUCUGUAAAGAUCUGUGCACAGUCAGGUCCAUGCUCCAAAGAAAUUGAAUAAGAAAGAUAUGGGAGGGGAGAGAGUCCUUUUGAAAUUCUCUUUUAAUAUUGCAAUUCAACUAUAAAUCUGGCAGCCCUGUUGUGCAUUAGUUGCAAUUUCUAAAUUGGCUAGAGUGCAGAUUUUAUAUGCCUCUCAAUUGGUACUUUCACAUCACAAUACAGUGUUUUUAUUUCCGAGGCAUGUGUUUGAAAGUUCACGUUGAAAAUGAGGGGGUUUUGUUUUAGAAUGUAUAUAUGUGUGAGUGAAGGAGAGAAUUCCUUAAUGACAGAACACCUAAUGUCAAAUUGUUAACUUAUAGAUCAAUGUGCACUUUCACUUUUUAAAAUUCCAAUGCUUUUUGCUAUGUUGAAGUUCGUCAUAGUUUGUCAAGUAAUUUAAUGGUGAAUUUCAUGUUUUGUUUGUUUUCUCCCACCCAUUUGCCCCCUCAGCAUAGAGUUUGACUUGUGGUACACUUCCCUGCUGAUCUGCACAGUAGCCAGUCACAGGACUUGAGGACAGUUGUGAUGUGGGCCUCUGUGAAAGGGUCCAAACUUGAGCAACCUAUUAUUUAUAUGUUUUUAAACGUGUAUUGUGUGCUAUGCACAACACUGUGGAACACAAGGAUAAUGUGACUGCAGAGCUGUAGUGCCAUUAGGAAACUGUGAAUUUCUAAAUAAAAUGGAACACUUUACUGUCUUUAA